AUGGCUUCCUCUUCCCCCAAGCCAUCUAAACGCUAUAGCCUUCGAUCCAUUAGCUUGCCUGCUAGAUCUCAUCCGAGCACAUUAAGAGUUGAAGAACAGCUAAACAAGAUUAAAUCUUGGGAGGCAUCAACUUCAUCAUCAAAAAGGGUAGAAACAAUAUGCCUUGGUCUAUCCCUGUUAGGUGAAUUGUAUAGAUGCAUAGAUGAUCUUCUGAAUUUGCCAUUGACCCAACAAGCUCUUGCCCAACAGCAACACCAGAAAUGGGUCAAUGACUUGCUUGAAGGUUCCUUGGGAUACUUGGAUGUGUGUGGCAAAACCAGAGAUGCUAUUCUCUCAAUGCAAGAAUCCAUUCGAGAACUUCAAUCAGCUCUUCGCCGAAAAAGGGUUGGAGACUUGAGUGUUGAAAGCAUUGUCACUUCUUAUACUUGUUCAAGAAGACUGAUGAAAAAGGAGAUUGUCAAGUCUCUAGCAUCCUUGAAGCCGAUAGAUCAUAACCAAUUCGGGAUCUCCCCAUUGUUGAAACCAAAGCCUAGCAGUAGCAGGUGGUCAUUGGUUUUCAAACAACUGCAGAAAGGUGUACUUGCAGGCAAAGACCAACAGGCCGGAAACAUGCAGAAUGAGUUGGAGAGGGUGGAUACAGCAGUUGGCAACCUCUUGAUGCACAAUUCAAGCCAAGAUAUGGAGGCACAAAAGAUACAAUCUGCACAGAUUAGGUUGGGUGCUUUGGAUGUUAGCAUGGAAGGCCUUGAGAAAGCGGAUCCAUCGGGCAUAAAACGCAUGUUUCAUGUUUUCUGGAUGAAAGAUUUGAUCCCUGAUCCCUUGUUGGAUUUUCUCAGUAAUCAAAUAGGGUGA